GGCGGUGGUGGCGCCAUGUCCCGGUCGUCCGGCCUUCCCGCCCCCCGAGGCCCCCGCCUGCCGCCGCUGCUGCUGCUGCUGCUGCUUCUCCUGGGCCCCGCCGCCGCCCUCGCCAUUUCCUUCCAGCUGCCCGUCAACUCCCGCAAGUGCCUCCGCGAGGAGAUCCACAAGGACCUGCUGGUGACGGGCGAGUACGAGAUCACCGACACGUCCGGGGGCGCCGGGGGCCUGAGGACCCACCUGAAGAUUACAGACUCCGCUGGUCACAUCCUGUACUCCAAGGAGGAUGCAACCAAGGGGAAAUUUGCCUUCACCACCGAGGACUAUGACAUGUUUGAGGCAUGCUUUGAGAGCAAGGGAACAGGGCGGACACCUGACCAGCUCGUGAUCCUAGACAUGAAGCAUGGAGUGGAAGCGAAGAAUUACGAGGAGAUUGCUAAAGUGGAGAAGUUGAAACCCCUCGAGGUGGAACUGCGGCGCCUGGAGGACCUCUCAGAGUCUAUUGUUAAUGAUUUUGCCUACAUGAAGAAACGGGAGGAAGAGAUGAGGGACACCAAUGAGUCGACAAACACCCGGGUCUUGUACUUCAGCAUCUUCUCCAUGUUCUGCCUCAUCGGACUGGCCACUUGGCAGGUGUUUUACCUGCGCCGCUUCUUCAAGGCCAAGAAGCUGAUCGAGUAACGAGGCAGUUCCCUCCCACCCCCGCCUCUGAGCCAGCAGGACACCGCUGGGACGUACCUAGCCCGAGUCGCCCUCAGAUGGCAUCAUUAUAGCAAGCCAUUGGCCGACCCCGGAGCUUUCUCGCCAGAACCGGCCUGCGCUGGGGUUGAGCGGUGGGAAGAUGGGGAUGGGAAGAACCACCUAGACUCCAUAGGCCUAUCAAGGGGACUCUUUUUAACUUUGUGGGUGGUGGGGGUUGGGAUGGUUUUGCAAACUAUGGGACUAUCAUUAGGGUCACCUGCGAUAAGAAAUAGAGGUUUCUCAGACAAUGCCAGAACCAGCGUUUGCACUGGGUUUCCUCAAUGAUCUGUUUGAAUCUUGUGACUUCUCCCCUCCUCCUUCUCCUCUUCUUCCUCCUCCUUCUCUUUAUCCCCUCCCCCUUGCCCUCUUUGGCUUCCAUCUUGGCCUGUUACCAAGAUUUGAACGACCAUGUUAAGCUUGCUCCUUUCUAAUUAUUAAUCGAUGACACCCCCCCCCCCCCCAGGCUCCCUCACCUCCCCCCACCCCAGUCAUUAAGUCUCCCCUCAAGACAAAGGUGGGUGUAGGGAAGCUUCUAGAGGAUCAUCUUAAUAAAUCCAGGGCUAUUAAAAGAAUGGAACGUGCAGCGUCCUGUUAAAGCUCUGAUAUCUCCUGCGGGAAACUUGCUGAUGAAAGAAUUAGGGUCUUCGAUUCUGGCCUCCCGUAACAAACAGAGCUGACUGUGGUCCUUGGCCUAGAGAAAAUUAACCAGUUUUUUUCCCCUACUUCGCUGCUCUGCAUCAACGCCCGUUCUCACACAUUGGAUCCGGAGGUGAUGUAGAACCCAAGAGGUUAUAUGCGGUAUUCUCAGAGCUGAGAGGGCUCAGUGUGCAGAGUUCACCACUCCAGGUUGGACAGGAAGCAGCCGGGGGAAGUGUUUUGGCUGCUCCUGGAAUCUGUUGUCUGAAGUCGAGUGGCUCCGAAUAACUUGUGCAACUUCGUCUCUUGCUGUUAGGAUGGAUGAGUCCGGUAUGGGAGAAAUCCCCAGCCAUUUAUUUCACCAACCCUGCGCUGGGUAGUUUGGUACAAAGGGAGAGCGAGCAGAUGAGAGCCCAUUAGUGGUAUUACACAGAACGGUAUGACUUGAGACUGAGUGACUCACUGGCCUCUAGGCAGAAGAAGGAAAACCAAACUGUUCCUUGGGUACAUCCCUCAUUGGUUUCUGGGAGAACUGACAGCACUUCUUCUGAACCUUGGCCUGGCCUCCCCUCCCGUCUCCUUAACUCUCCCUUGGCUAAGAGGCUUUUUCCAACUGAGUGACCCUCAUGGCUAGGUUGGACCUAAAUUAGGGUAGCGCUUCCAGUGAGCUAACACAUCCGUCUGUGAAGUUGAAUCCAAGGCGAAAUUCUCCUUCCAUUGAUCUUAUUUCUCAUUAAAUGAGAUUCCCUGGGGAAUUUGAAUUAUGUAUUUAGAGUCCAGAUAUUUAUCCCUUCUCCGUCUCGUCCUCCCAUUGCCCCCGUCAUCCUCACCCACCUCUUUCACGCAAAGCUAUACCUAGAAUUUUACUCAGAGCCUCCCAGGUUUCCAUUUUUAAUUUUUAAAGGUAAUUAAAAAUAUGCCUGCAUUUUCUUAGGGUGCGUGGUGCUGGGAGGGGGCGGAGGGGAGGGCCGGGACUCACUGUGGCUAUAAAAGAAAGUUAAUGCUGAAAUGAGUCUGCUUAAAGGAGUGUGAAUUUCCGAGUUCUACUUUCCCCCCAUCCCCUAAUGCUUUAGACAAAAUGAUCUCUCUAACGUGAGUUGAUAAUGGUUGAUGAUAGGUUUUGCUGUACUAUGGUCAUAAAUUUGACACUUUUGUCUUGCAGCUGUUUUCAUUCCUUAGCUAUUGUUUAGGGAAAAGUCAUAUGGGAUUUGUACAGAUUACCUGUAAAGUAUUGGAUUGGGGAUUUUUGUGUAAAUUUUCUCAAAUAAAAUUUGGAGGAAACCA